GGGGGUGGGCGGAGAAGGGCGUGGUAAACUCAUUUGCAAAUUUUCAUUUUUGCAUAUGACAGGGAGCCAUAAUAGAGGGGGAAAGAGAAACAAAGUACAAGAGAAUGUCAAAGAUCACGGGUGCCUCACGUGUAGUGGCAUACCUUCCUAGCUUAAGAACCUUUCUUCAUCGAUUAAGAGCGACCACCAAAACUCCCUCAAGAUUAGCUCCUACUUUACUGACAGAGACGCCUGCUUUUGUCGUCCCAACUUUAAAUACAGCUGCUCAAGGGCGUAUGGGGAGAAUACAGGCUCACCAAGUCUCUGAUGCCCUUGAAGAGGACGAAGCAAUGGCAAGACUUGGUCUACAGCCGGGACUAAUACUACCAGGUGCUACUGGACUAGUCAUAGAAGAGACAGAGAAAGAUGAAGGACUGGCAGAGGAUGAAGAGGCAGACAGUUCGGUCAGAGAAACCUCGACGUCACUGGUUUCCAGUGAAAACGUUGAGUGUUGUCUCCAGGAGUGCCCGUCUUUCCUUCACGACGAACUGAUGCUCUUAUUUCCGGACGUGUCACUAAGUGUAGGGGAGCUAAGGAUACUGACACUCUGCGAGAGAACUCACCACGACAUGACUGGAUGGUCACAUCUAAUUGAAGAAGAGAGAGAGGAUCUCUUAGGACAUUUCAUUGAUAGUGCUAAGGAGAUAUGCAGUCGACUAAUAAGCGAAGGAUACUGGGCAGAUUUUAUAGAUCCAUCAUCAGGAAGAGCAUUCUAUGGUCCAUAUACUCCGCAUACAUUUUACGAGACUGAUGAGAGAUUCAGGUAUCUUGGAUUUGACAUAUUAGACUUAGGAUGCUGCAAAUGCAUCACUCACCCCUCGUGGGGCUCACACACGUUCGUGGGAACAAUAUUUACUAGUGCACCCGUCAACGCACCACCUCUGGAACUCAUAUUAAAGUUAUAAUAAGAAUUAUUAAUAGUAAUAAUAAUAAUAAUAAAAUUGAAUAUAUUAUUGAUUAGUUAUAUUAACAAAAUUAAUAAUAAUUAUUAUUCCUAUAACUCCUUUGACUGGAUGAGUCCUA